AUGUACAUGACAAUUACCUACAUGGAAUUCAUCUUAAGACAGGUCUUCACCGAUUGCAAUAAAUCUGGAUACACAUGUACGGUGAUAAACAGAAGCGGAUUUAUUGUGCUGAGAAUCAAUGCAAACCACAGUCUUACGGCCUGCCUCGUCAACCAAAUCAACCAAACUAAUGAUAACAACAUGCACAUCAAUUGUGAGGAACCUGGCUUGGCCAACACUCUUAUUGAGAAAAAUAUUUUAAAUGCACAGUUUUGUGUCAACUACGAUGACCAAAAUCAUAACAUCACCAAAUUUUGGAAUGUUUCAAUGGAUAGGGAGAAUCGAUCUUUUGAAAAUUUCCAAAUUCAUCAAAUCCCUAACAUGAAUAUUUUCGUAAUAGUCAAAAAUGGGUCAUUCAGUGCAGAAGCAAGAUGUAACUGCGGGGAAAAAAACUUUGGACAAAUUAACAUAAAGUUGACGAGGGGCAAAAUUUUGAAAUUUAACGUGAGGGCCAAAAACUUCCAAAGUUUUGCUGGUGUAGCCAAAACUGUGCUGGUGACAUUUUUCUUUACUGCGCAAAUUUUUGAUCGAUUUUCUAGUUAA